GCAGCCUUUACAAACUGGGAUAGCUCAGAGCAGUAUGUAUGUAGCUGACAAAGUGGCAAGAUCUUAAUUUAAAUCUCUCUCUUCAGGAUUCUGGCCCUCCAGGAAAAUUUCCUUCUUCAAUUUAAAAUGGAUGCUUGCAGCACAGAGGAAAGGAAGAGAGAUUUCGAAAAAAUCUUUGCACACUAUGAUGUUAGUAAAACAGGAGCACUUGAAGGCCCCGAAGUGGAUGGGUUUGUCAAAGACAUGAUGGAACUGGUCAAGCCCAGCAUCAGUGGGGUGGACCUGGACAAAUUCCGUCAGAUUCUGCUCAAUCACUGCGAUGUGAACAGGGAUGGGAAAAUUCAAAAAUCAGAACUGGCCUUGUGUCUUGGGCUUAAAAUGAACCCAUAGCUGUUGGUGGUGCUUGUGGCUGUGUUUCCCAUGUGAGGUUUACUUGCUGCUCCUGGUAGUAGUGUGCCCGUGCUGUGCAAGCAGAUGGGUGGUGGGCAGGAGGGCAUUUGUAUGAAGGGGCAGACAGCCUUACCAAUGUUUAUAAAUCUCUUGGAUAUCUCCAGAAGCCACCUGGCCGUGGGCCUGGGCACCCUGCUCUGGUGGCCCUGCUGGAGCAGGAGUGGGUUCUGUCGCUUGUAUAGGUCCCUGCCUGCCUCAGUUAUUCUGUGAUUCUGUGACUUUGUGAAUCUGUGACAAGUGUUGAUGGGUGGUGUUCAAUAGGUGCCACUGCUUGUGGGUCUCUCCAGCACCGUCUUUGCCCACAGGCACAAUAUUUGCUCAGAAAGAGGGUUGCUCACCUACUCCUACCCCUGUGAAACAGUACCCUGCCCAUCUCCUAGAGUAGAGACAAGCAUCUCCAAGUUGAUGCUCCUGGGCUGCUGCUGCUCUGUGAUUCUGAUGGUUGCCUUCUGUAUGAAGUCAUUACUUUGGUGAGCUUUGUUUGUGCAGUUGAAAUAUUGGAUGGGUGUAUUUGUGCAGAAAUAAAAAAAUGGCAGUUACAGCAAAUCUGUAAGAUUGGAGUUUAUGUGUUACUG